AUCCAACAAGCAACCCUCUUUCAACACCAUCUCACCAAUCAUCUUUUCAAAAUGGGUUCAAGAAACAUGUCAAGAAGAAUGCUUCCAUGGUUGGCCAUGAUGAUGGUGCUAGUAAGGGGAGACUUUGACAAAGACCAAAAACAAUGUGGUGACACACUUGUUGGGCUAGCCACCUGCCUUCCUUAUGUGAGUGGUGAAGCCAAGGCUCCAACCAUGGACUGUUGUGCUAAGCUCAAACCAGUCUUGGACAAGAGCAAAGUUUGCUUGUGCAUAUUGGUCAAGGACCGUGAUGAACCUAGUCUUGGUGUCAAGAUCAACGGCUCCCUCGCAUUGGGCUUACCCGACUCGUGUCAUUUGCCUGCUAAUAUCACUGAGUGUCCUAAACUCAUGAACAUGUCAUACAACUCCCCAGAAGCUAAGAUUUUUGAAGAUUAUGGUAAAAACGUCAAGAAAAGCGACAACACCACAGUGACUCCAUCGGGUAAUGGAUCAAGUGGUAGCUUGAAAAAUGAAGUUGGGAGAGGAAAGAAAUGGUUGGUAGCUGAGAAAAUCUGGGGAGCAUUGUAUAUAAUUAUAAUGGUUCUCUUUCAAAUGGUUUAAAUCAUUCAACAUCAAAUGGCUUAAAUAGUUCAUGUAUUGCUUUUAAUAUAUCUACAUGUCAUUUUUUUCAUCACUAGAGGGUUUUGCUAUGUAAUAAUAUUAAUGCUUAAAAUUAGUCGUUUGGUGUGAGAUAGCUUUUAAGAAAAUUGUCACGUUAGUGACCACUAUGGUUACACAUGUAGGUAUGUUGUUAUGAUUGGAAAUUUAUAAAGUUUUUAUCUA